GACUGAACAGGACUACCUGAACAUGGAGAAUGGCAAAUCAGAGGCAGAUGAGAAGACAGAGGGCUCAUCAGGAGAUACAAAAGAAAAUGUGGAAGAACCAACCUUAGAGACUACUCAGCUGCAGGGCCUGCUGGUUGAGCUGCGCGAGGGGCUCCAGGCGACUCUGACGGAGCUCAGCGAGCUGCGCCAGAGGGACCAUGAUUUGGAGGAGAAGCUCCAGGCCCAUCAGACUGAUGUGGAUGAUAAGAUAAUGGGCCUCAAGAACUCACUCAACACAUUCAAGGAGGAGCUGAAUGUGGCAUUGUUCCACAUUAAGGAUGUGUCCAGCAGACAGAAGGAGGUGCAGAAGAGGAUAGAGCUGCUGCAGUCAGAAGACAGCAAAGAUACCAUCUCUGUUCAACACAGCAGAAAGAGCUCCAGGACUGAUGUACUAACGGCACCGGACGAACACAUCUACACUCCCAGCCAGUUGGAGCUCAGUGUUUUCCAGCACUUUUUUUCCAGCUUCCCACAUAACGUGUCUCCACAGAGGAGCAACACGUCAACACAAACAGCCUCCAGCUCCGACCAGGAGGCUCAGCAGCAGCAGAAGAGUUUUUCAUCCAAGUCUCCAGUGUGGGAGAGAAGUAGCAGAAAUGAGACGGACAUCCCCGACAGUCAGACUGAAAACAAUAAGAGACAAAGAGCAGCCCUGGAACUGCUGGAGUCAGAGCGAGUCUAUGUGUCCCACCUGUCCCUGUUACUGAAGGCUAACAUCUCCUUCAAUGGGUCCGAGGCUCUCACUUCUAAGGACAAACGUCCAUUUCCCAGCUCUUUAAGAUUUCUGAUCCAGCAGCACCUUGAGCUUCUCCAUACUCUCCAGGAGCGUGUGCUCAGGUGCCAGUGGCAAGGCAUCAUGGGAGAUGUAUUCAUGAGGCUCACCAGCAAAGAAAGCGAUUUCCUGGACUUCUAUGUGUCGUACCUGAAGGAGCUUCCAGACUGUCUAUCAGUUGUCACGAUGCUUGCCUCCAGCUCCAUGAAGCCUUCUACCUUUGUGGAGAGUGACAUAAUGGGUGAUGACUCCAAACCUUCCCUUUACAAUCUGCUCCUUCAGCCAGUUCAGAGAAUCCCAGAGUACCUGCUGCUGCUACAGGGACUACUUAGGCAGACGGAUGCAGAGCACCCAGACUACUACCUGCUGCUAGUCUGCAUCCAGCAGUUCAGGUCCUUUACUGCACAGUACCACCACCUCCUCCAGCACAACCAGGAGCUUCUACUCCUCAACCGCAAGGAAGUAAAGAGCAGGUCUACCAUGAAACAGCUGUUAAAGACGGUGGAGAGCGGGAUUCAAGCCAACAACAUAGGCUCACCUUACCCUGGCGGCACUGCAGCACUGGAACAUGCCAACAUGGUGAAGCGCAGGAAGCAGUGUCUACUGGAGCAGAUACAGUCUCACCGUUUCCAGGACUGGGAUCAUGACCAGGAUCCUGAAAACCAUUGUUAUGACUCAGACUGGCCAUCCCAACUGCCGUUCUACAGUUCUGAUAUGGACUCGCGAAAUCAGAAACAAACAGGUCUUGGCAGCAUCCCAGAGAGUGAGAUGUUGGGCAGGUCAUGCCAGCACCAUCUGCCCUCCAAACCUGCAGAAUUCCGCCAGGUUCAGCCAGGUUCGGCUUUAGCAGACGCUCUUGGAGAGUUCCUUCUUCCUCCAGAUCCCCCAGGGAUGGAGAGCCUCUAUGAUGAGGAUGGAGGCUCCCUUCACGAUGCGUCUCUGUUCGACCGCUGCUCGUCUGCUUCUUCGGAUUCCUCCAUUGACAUUGCAUUUGUGAAGUGCCCCAAACCCCCCUCAGCAUCACAUCAUGCAAUGGCAACAAAUGUGCCGAUGACCCGUGACGUCUUUGGCAAUGGUGGAAGCCAAGGGAAUGGUUACAGCAAACCGCCCAGCUGGGGUUGCGCAUCACCAGAUGAAGCUGUAAUGAUGCGCCGCAAUCUGCAUCGUCCCCUUCAGGCCAGCCAGCGCAAGAGUAAGUCACUAAACGGCCUGCAAAUGGAGAACACAGUGGGGGGUCAGGAUGGUGACCACCUCCAAAGGGGGGGGCUGGGCAGCCAUGCCAAGCUGGAGCGUCAAGGCAGUAAGGGCAGCAAAGGAUGUUCCACCCCAUCACAUAAAGUCCACAGUCCCUUGAGCAACACUGACAAACCAAGCUCAGAUCUUCACGGGCUGCUUAAUGAGUCUGGCCUCCAGUCAUGGGGGGAUGAGUCAAAGUGGAGAAGCGGGACGGAGGAGGUUAACCACACCCCCUUCAGUGAGAGGAGCCGCAAGGACAAGGGAGGCUUUAGGAGCUCGUUCAAGAAACUCUUCAAGAAAAAGAGUGUUGAUGAGAAGAAGGAGAAGGGAGACAAUCAACACCAAAAAACACCAGAAAAUCAAAACAAUGCUGAACAUGAGUCACCGGUGAAAAAUCUUAAGCUGGUCCAUCUGGAGAUAAACCGUGGUACUGCUGUAUAAUUUUAUACACUGUAUACACUUACUCUACUGUAUAAAUAUACAAGUUUAAGCAAUCUACCUAAGCAACAUUUUCUCUAAACAUUUCAAGGCAUAAACAUUUUUUUAAUAGACAAAGUUCUCUCCCUGACCUUUAACUUAGGGACAGCACUUCAUAAUGAUGUGAUUUUUCCUUUAAAAAAGCACUUAUGAUUGAAUUUUACAUGCAUCUACUCAUCUAUUUAAUAACAUAAAGCUUGAUUUCCCUCUACCAAAAUGACAAAUUUGGGCAAAUUUGAUAUGGAUCUAAUGCUCAUUAGAUGGCUCUUUAAUUACUUCACUGUAAAAAAAAAAAACAUGUUCUGUGUUUAAUUUUCUUAAAGUUUCCUGGACAACUAAUAACAUUUCUCUCUCUUUUUUGCUCAUCAUUAAGGGUUUUCUUUGAACCCCUAACAUAAAAACUUUUUACAGAGCCUCUCUAUGCAGCUUUCUGUUAGCCUCUUUCUAUUACUAAGCUUAAUUUCUUAAGCUACAGUAUAACCAACAUUAUAUUGUUGAAUAUACUCAGGAAAAAAUGUUAAGCAGUUAGAAUUUGUAUAUGUUUGCAUGUGUUAAGCAUCUUAUUUAAAACAUAUAUUGGUCCUUGUGAUAAUUGUUUCAU